AUGCGCGUCACUAUUGCAAUUGUCGGUGCUGUGGUAGCGACCGUUGCUGUUGCGUCACCCAUCACAUCGUCUUCGCCUCUUUCGCGGAGACAGGGUCCUCCGGGGCCUAAGGGACCCAUGGGAGGACCUAUGGGACCGGGUGCUGGUGUCGCUGGAGCAGGACCUUGCCCGAUGAACUGUUGGAACGAAGCCGCAGUAGUAGCAGGCUGCGACCCCAACGCAGACGACAGCUGUCUGUGCGGACCUUUCUUCGAUGCCGUAACGUCGUGUUCAGCGGCGACAUGUAGUAUGGGCGAGAACCUUGCGGCGUUGAGCUUUUUGAACCCUGCUUGCGAGUAA